AUGUUAAAACUUUUUCAACACAUUCGUUUCAGUACAACACGAUUAAUGUUUUCAACAACAAAACCACCUUGGUGUUCAAAAUUGCCACGGCCACAAUAUUCUUCACUUGAACGUAUUUCAAUUCCAUCACAAGAAUGGUUUCAAGUUUAUCGUGUUCGUCCUAAUGUAUUCGCUAUUUAUGAACCCUACCAUUGGGAAGAAACAAUAUCUUAUUUGGUUGUUGGUUCAAAACAUUCUUUAUUAAUUGAUACUGGUAUGGGUAUUGGAAAUAUUCAAAAAGUGAUCGAUUCUUUAGUACCUUCAUCGGCGACACUUAAAGUCAUAAAUACGCAUACUCAUCAUGAUCAUACAGGUGAUAAUUGGCGUUUUCCCGGAAGGCUUUCAGGUGUUCAUUCAGAUUUUGUUAAACAGAAUUCAAAAGGUUCAAUUGAAGAAGCACAAAAUGAGAUCAAACCAGGUAUGAUGUGGGAGACAUAUUUACCAGAAGAUUUCAAUCCUAAAAACUAUCGCUAUCAUCCAUAUGAAAUCAAUAAUUACGUUAAAGAAAACGAUCGUAUUGAUCUUGGUCAAGGACAAGAAUUACAAGUGAUUUCGACUCCUGGCCAUUCACCAGAUUCCAUCUCACUUCUAGAUGAAAAACAACGUUUAUUAUUUGUUGGCGAUGUUUUCUAUCAAGGUCCAAUUCUUCUCUAUCGACCUGAAACUAAUCUUCAAGAUUAUUUGAAAUCAUUAGAAAAAUUAACUGAAAUUUGUUCAAAAGUUGAUUUAAUAUUACCCGGUCAUAAUAUACCAAAUGUUGAACCAAAAUUAAUAAUUAAAGCAGCUCAAGCCAUCCAAGAAGUUAUGAAUGGAAAAGCAAUGGCAAAAAAGAUAGACGAUGAAAAGCACAAUGAAUAUUCCUAUGGAGAAUUUUCAUUUGUUAUUGAUCCAUCCUUUUUGUAA